CAGGCGAAGCAGUCAAACUGCCUACAGCGACCUGCGACUCGAUUUCUCGUUUUCAAACAUUGCUUGCUGCGUUCGUGCCGAAAUCAUGGCUGAGGUAGCGGAAAAAAGAAAACGUCAGCGGCUGAACCCAAUCCACCGGUGGACGGAUUCUGAAACUAUUGACCUUCUUGAAAAUAUAGUGGAUGAAGUAAAAGCUAACCCGGAAGCGUUUGAGAAACCAACUGCUCAAGUAUUCUAUACAAAGAUUGCUGGAAAAAUGUCUUCUAGUGAAGUUCCGAGCUGGACAUUGAUGAAGAGUAAGGUGCGUAAUUUGAAGACUACGUACCAGAAAGUAGUGUCGGGGGAAAGUCAGCAAAUAUGUCCAUACUGGGAGUUUCUGGAGCAGAUUUUCGGUCACUGCGAAAGUGUCACCCCGGUCGGUGUACUUGAGACAUCGAGCGACAAUUAUGAUGACGCAGAGCCUUCAAGCAACGACACUAAUGUUGCUGACUCGUACAUUCCAGAUCCGUUCGCAGUAAAACUGGAAUGCGUGACCGAAGAACCCAUUCUAGAUGAUGCUGAUGCGGACGGUGGAACGGAACCAGCUCAAAGUACCACUGGUUUAAACUUUACGACGUUUAACAACCACUUGAAGCACCCUUUGAAGCGAGAUAAAGUGACAGCCAAUCCUGGAUCUACGUCACUUUUAGUCGACAUUCAAGAGAAAAGGCUCAAGUUUGAGGAGAAAAAAUGGCAUCAGCAGAUGGAAUUGGAAGAGAAGAAAUUGCAGUUGGCGAAAAUGCAGGCAGAAAAUGAAGUCGAGUUGAAAAGGAUGGAAUUGUCGCACCAGCUGGAAAUAAAAAAGUUGGAAUUGGAGAAAGAAGAGCGGCUGGAGAUGGUAAGAAUGAAAUUGGACAUGGAAUAUAAGGAAAAAAUUAAGAUGUAUGAGCUGAAAUUGAACGCAGAUAAAUAA